GCUGGGCAUGAUCCCACAUCACGUAAUAAUCCAAUGGUUAUAUGACAAGCAGCACCAGACUUGUAUAACAGAGUCAGAAACUCCACAUGCUGAACUCCUCCUCCUCUUCAUCAUCAUCAUCAUCAUCAUCAUCAUCUCACUGGGCGCAUCUGCAGGCUGCAGGAGAGGAGCGAUGUGAGUUUACACGGAUACAUUUAAACUUAGCUUUUCCUCUCUGCUCACGGAAUAUCCUUUAAACAGAAAUGAAGGGUAUUUAAGUCAAAGACAAGUGGCAACCCGGCUCAUUAAAAUAUUCACUUAGUUACAUUACAUUUUCUUUAAUUGAGUUCAUAAUGGGAUUACGCACGUUUGGCACGCCAAUUUACGCAUAUGCGUGCGUCUAUUUUUUUGUUUGCAUCCUGCAAGCUGCCCAGUCAAAUCCGAUGACCCAACAAGGACAGAACCAGAUAGCGGCUCUCCGGCAGACGCUGCGCUGGUCACACAACGGUAAGGUUUUUAGCAUUUUAAGCCAAGGCUCGGAGUAUCAGCCACCGAGGCGGAGGGGCGCACCUCAGGAGCAAGUGCAGGCGCGACCUGUCACCAUCAUUCGUGAUGCGGCCGUGAGACAUCCGGACACCACGAGCCAGCCGGUGGCCCAGAAGCAGCAGCAGCAGCAGCAGCAGCAGCCUCCCCGGCCGGCGUCCAACCCGCACAGCCCAACUCCACUCCAAAGGCUCGUGAGAGGGCGCGAGCACCGCCAGCAUCACCAUGAGCGUCCCGGUGAGCGCACGGGGACGCAGAGGAUCAGCAAUGAGACCCAGCAAAGGGUCACUGUCAGUCCGCCUCUGCCCCGGAGAGAAGAUAUGAUGGUCGGUGAUGAUCCCUACGACCCAUACAAGUCCACUGAUCCAGAUAAUCCAUAUUACAAUCAUUAUGACGUUUACGAGAGACCGAGGUCGAGAUCGAGACCCGGAUAUGGCACAAGGUAUCAUCAGUACGGUCUGCCUGAUCUAGUACCUGAUCCCUACUACAUUCAGGCAGCUGCUUAUGUCCAGAGAGUCCCAAUGUACAACCUGAGAUGUGCAGCUGAGGAGAACUGUUUGUCAAGCUCGGCCUAUACAGCCAGUAUGAGAGAUUAUGACACUCGCAUGCUGCUGAGGUUUCCACAGAGAGUCAAAAACCAGGGGACGGCUGACUUCCUCCCCAGCAGGCCACGUUACUCCUGGGAGUGGCACAGCUGUCAUCAGCACUUCCACAGCAUGGAUGAGUUCAGCCACUAUGACCUGCUGGAUGCUUCCACACACCACUCCGUGGCUGAGGGCCACAAGGCCAGCUUCUGCCUGGAGGACACUUCCUGUGACUACGGCUAUUACAGGCGAUAUGCUUGCACCUCACAUACCCAGGGGCUGAGCCCAGGAUGUUAUGAUACCUACAACGCCGACAUCGACUGCCAGUGGAUUGACAUCACAGAUGUGAAACCUGGAAACUAUAUCCUCAAGAUCAGUGUCAACCCAAACUAUCACGUCCCAGAAUCAGACUACAGCAACAACGUUGUACGCUGUGACGUUCGCUACACUGGCAACUACGCCUAUGUGUCAGGAUGUCAUAUGUCAUCGUAUUAAGAGAUAACAGGCAUUCACAUCAUCUAAGCGAAGAUGUACUGUAAAUGACAUUGAGGAGGACUGCAUAUGAAUGCAUA